AUGUAUCUGGAUGGCGAACCGGUCCUCCAUGUCGUCGACUCGGUGACGUCCUUCCAAGCCGCCAAAUUCUUAAAAUCUCUGUCCGCUAAAGACACUUGGGAAGCAAUCUAUAUAACAUGGAUUGACACCUAUCUUGGUCCACCAGACGUCAUCUCGCACGAUGCUGGAACCAACUUUGCCGCUAAUGAAUUCAAAGUUGAACGAUAUCACGCACUGCUGUGCCGUGCAUUUAACAUUAUUUCAGCAGAGAUGGGAAGCACUAUAAGCAAGGAUGUGGUUCUGCAAAUGGCUGUGAAAGCUAUCAACGAUAUAGCAGGACCAGAUGGAAUUGUGCCUACCGUCCUAGUUUUUAGGGUAUAUCCACGCCUAACUUUAGAUUCACCACCGUCUGCUCUGAUGAUUAGACGUGCCCAGGCGAUGAAAAAAGUAAUGGCCGAAUUAAGAAAGGCAGUGGCUGAGAGGAAAGUCAAUGACGCGCUAAACACUAGGAACAGUCCGAUAAUCACAGAGACACUCAACCUCCCCCUGGGGGCCAAUGUCAAAGUUUGGCGAGAAGGCAAGGGUUGGACAGGCCCAUAUAAACUUAUCUUAGUAAAUGGUCAUGACGUGACAGUCGAUCUUGGUAAUGGUGCUGUCGCUUUCCGGGCAAUAGAGACAGAUGAUGGAAUCCACGUCCCUGAACCACCCGUGACACCUCCACCUCCACGACAUCGAGGACGACCACGAGGAUCCAAGAACAAGCAAAAAGCGGAUGUCAACGUAUACCUAUCGAAGAAAGAGAAGGGCGACCUUGAACUCGCACUCAAAUUGAGACGAGAAGGAAAGAUUGUGAUAGAAGGUGCCCCAUUCGAACUUUCAAGCGUUGCAGAGAUCAAUGGCCUGAUUGCAAACAGGACGUUCAAAAUCGUCCACCGAGAUGAUGUGAAUCUCAGAGAUCUCCACAUUUUCAACUCCCGCUUAGUUAAUGAGAUCAAGGGGAAGAAUGAGAUCCCAUAUGAGAAAUUACGCCUAGUCAUCCAAGGAUAUAAUGACGCUGGGAAAGCUAGGAUCCUGACCCAAGCGCCAACAAUUCAACAGGCCAGCCAGAGGCUAUUAAUAUCCCUUAUCCCCACUUUACUAAGUAUAGAUAUGAUUGUGGAGAUCUGUGAUAUCACACAAGCGUAUACACAGGCUAAGACAAAGUUGCAACGUAUUAUCGUUGCCAACCUGCCCAAAGAAAUGAGGGGUAAAUAUCCACUAGACUCACUACUGUUGGUAGAAGGAGCUUUGUAUGGCAUUCCCAAAGCUGGCGUUCAUUGGUUUGGCACCUACCACGAGCAUUAUAAGGUGAAAAUAGACAUGGAGACUUCUACGUAUGAUCUAUGUCUACUCGUGACAAAACCAGGCGCUGAGAGCUUCAGCCUAGUGGGCAUGGGUGAGGAGCAAGCACUACAGGAAGUGGGAUUCAAAGCCAAACCCAAAAUCCAAUUGUUGCAGGAUACUCCUUUAGAAUUCAAUGGCGCAAGGAUUAUUUUAGAGCAGGACAACGUCUUCAUGCAGCAAAAAGGACAAGCGACAAAGAUAGAGCCACUGCAGGAGAAGGAUCGAUCCGAAAACGACUAUUUGGCAUUGAAUAAACGCCUUAUAUGGCAAGCCGAGAAUCCUAAACGAGGUCUUAGAUUCAUCCCCCUCGAUUUAACAAAGGCAAAGAUCAUGAUCUUUACAGAUGGAUCCUUUGCGAAUAACCGAGAUUUGACUUCCCAGAUUGGUUUUCUAAUCGCUAUGGUUUCGUCAAAGUGCAAGCGUGUAACCCGGAGCGUUCUCGCCUCGGAGAUCUAUGGGUUAACAACUGGAUUUAACUAUGGAAUUACAUUGGCAAGUACCAUCAAGAUGAUCACGGACCACCUUAAUUUACCUACAAUCCCAGUUGUGGUUUGCACCGAUAGCUACUCACUAUAUGAGUGCCUCGUCAAGUUAGGAACCACAAAGGAAAAGCGCCUCAUAAUCGACCUUAUAGCGCUCCGUCAGUUAUACGAGAAACGGGAAAUAGAUGAAAUCCGCUAG